AUGCUUGAUCUCGAAGCGGAAGUGACCCGUGUUGGGAUUGACUUGGAUUGGCUUAUCAAGGAGGGGGUUGUUAGGAACAUGGAAAAGGUUAUUGAGCUUUGUAACUUUCAUCAAGGAGUUGGUUGGAUCAAGCAUAUAUACGUUUCUGCUGGUGAAGAGUCUUGGAGGGAGGCAUUGCACAAGGAAGUUGUUGUUGCGACAUUUGAUCCCCAUGAUGCUAGAUCAACUUCCAGCCAUACUAGAGAGAUGGCGAAUGCUACUGACUCAUUCGUCACAUGUGAUUACGCCACCCUCAUGAAGUUAGGCUCUCUAGAUAUUAAUAGCCUUCGUCAACUCUAUGUGGAUGAUGAUAGUGGAGGAGUGGGUCCAAGCUAUAACACCCGGAAUCUAGAAGGCUAA